AUGAAGUCCCUCAUUUUCCUCUCCCUCCUUGCACUCGCCGCGGCAGCCCCCUUAGAGAUCCGCCAGUCCACCACCAGGAACGAGCUCGAAGACGGCAGCAGCUCCUCAUGUCCCGAGGCAAUCCUCAUCUUCGCGCGUGGCUCGACUGAAGCCGGGAAUAUGGGCGCGCUCACCGGCCCCCCGCUGGCAAACGCGCUGGAAGCCCAUUACGGCGCGGCAAACGUCUGGGUCCAGGGCGUGGGCGGCCCGUACACAGCGGAUCUGGCGUCUAAUUUCCUGCCGGGAGGGACGAGCCAAGCGGCAAUAGCGGAGGCGGUGAGACUGUUCAAUGAGGCGAAUACGAAGUGUCCGAACUCCGAUGUCGUCGCUGGAGGGUAUAGCCAAGGCAGCGCCGUGAUCGCCGGCGCAAUCCCUGAUCUUAGCGCCGCUGUGCGCGCCCAAGUCAAAGGCAUCGUCGUCUUCGGCUACACGCAGAACGAGCAGAACGGCGGCGGCAUCCCGAGCUAUCCGCAGGACGACCUCGAAGUCUUCUGUGCUGAUGGCGAUCUCGUGUGUGAUGGGACGUUGAUUAUUACGCCCGCGCAUCUUACGUAUAGCGAUGAUGCUGCGGGGCCGGCGGCGGAGUUUUUGGAGUCAAAGAUUGGCCACGUCGUCCGCUCAGGGACUACGCUGCACAUCGCAGGCUGGAUGGGCGAUGACCCGGAGACCGGCGCUAUAGUCCCCGGGGGCAUCGAAGCGCAAACCGAACAAGCAAUCAAGAACAUUAAAGCUUGUCUCGAAGCUGCUGGAUCGAGUCUGGAUAAGGCGGUCAGGACAAGGAUUUAUAUUAUGGAUAUGGAUGAGUUUCGCAAGGUGGAUGCGGUUUGGGGGAAGUGGUUCGAAGAGCCGUACCCGGUUAGUACGUGUGUGCAGAUUAGUGGGCUAGCGAAGGAAGGGGCGCUGGUGGAGUUGGAGGUGGUUGCUGAGGCCUAG